CAAAAGAAAGAAGCCCCUGCAGGGUAUCACACUGAGUUUGAGAGCUGUGACUUUAAAAAAAAACGCUCUCAGUACCACCCACCAGGAUGAAAUUUGAGAAUGGAGACAUCAGGAAAAGCUGUUGGAAAUCAGGAGGAAGGAGCAGGGUCAUGUACUUGGGAAUUCUCUCACACAAAGGAAAAAAGGCAUCAGAGAAACAUCAGCCUUUGCAGCAGUGAGAUGAGCUGCUGGUGAGCUCUGCCAAAGUUCAACUCCUUGUUUUGUGACGUCCCGCGUGGCUGGCACAGGGCAUUGUAUUUACCAGUUACAUACAGGGAUCAGCCGCACAGGAGUUCUCCAAAGUUUGGAUGGACAUACCAAGGUCUCUCAGGCAUCCACAUCUGCUCAGGCUGCUGCUGCUCUUCUCUUUCUCAGAUAUUUGCAUCGCUCAUUGUGGAUUUGAUUGCAAAGCUUACUGCUGUGAUGGGACUCCACCGUACUGUUGCUCAUAUUAUGCCUACGUCGGAAAUGUCCUCACGGGCACUGCAAUAGCAGGGAUUGUGUUUGGCAUUGUCUUUAUCAUGGGAGUGAUUGCAGGAAUUGCUAUAUGUAUAUGCAUGUGUAUGAAGAGCAGCAGAGGUACUCGUGUGGGGGUUAUCCAGACGACUCAUAUUAACGCAAUCAGCUCAUACCCAGGUGCUCCACCACCAUACAGCUAUGAGUAUGAGAUGGAAUAUCCACUGGAUCUACCUCCUCCAUACACCCCCACCCAACAAAUGCCUAUGCAGUAUCCUUCACCUCCUCCGUACCCUGGACCAUCAAGGAAAUGACCUUCAUGGAAUGGAUGUUUACAUAAUUCAAAUAGGACAAUAUGUUUUAAUGUCAUACUUGGAUAGGAUUUUUAUAGAUGGAUUUAUGUAGCUAUGUAUGUUGAGAGGUAAAUAUGAAGGCCUAGAUUACAAGGGGAGUGCUAUAAUUAUUCUGUAAGUAAAUCCCAUUCUGUACAACAAAAACAUACAGUUGUGUGAGAAUUAAGUAGCUCAAUAGUUUCAAUGUAAAAAAUCUCACCAUUUUACAAAAGCCUGUUUUACGGUGUGAGAACAGUUUUAAAGCCCACUUAACUUGAAAAGCCAUUGACAUUUUGUUCUGUGAGAUAAUAUCCUGUACUUGAUUCUAGACCAAAACCUUGCAAAGGGAAAAAAACAUGUUUAGAAAGAAUGUAUAACAAUCAAUUUUACAGUACAAUGAAUAUAAAUCACACAUCCUACACACAUUCACUGUAUAGCAAUAAUGCCCCAGCUCAAAUAGGUAAACAAUUUAUUUACAAGUUUUGCUAUUAUUUUAUAAGUGGAAAAGUAAAUUUCACAAGUAUAAAUUGUUAUUGUCAUGUUACACUGUACAAUUGGAAGCACUGUUUACUUGCUACUCUGAUAAUUUGUGUAUGAACAAUAUUUGCUCUCAAGAGAAAAAACUUUUUCAAAUUGUGAUAUGAGCGCACAGAUGCUCACAGUAUCAAUUUCACUCAAUCACAGUUUAUGCUAGAAAUCUCAAGCAAAAUAGUGCUCCACCUGUAAUCUAACCCGAAAUGUAUUCAUCCAGCCGUAUGUCCUGAAGUGCUUGAAUUUAUAUUUUUGGGUUAAACACAAAACCCAACAAUUGUGUGUAGUCAGAAUAAAUUAAAAACCAAAUAAAUAUACUCUGUAAAGGUCAUAUUUAUUUUUCGGUGCUGUGUGUUUGUGAGAAAGCAGUAUUUGUUAUUGUUUUUUUAAAUGUAUAGAGUUUACUCAAAUUGCCAAAUCUUUUUUUUAAGUAAGAAACCAAUACUUGGCUGUGAAAUUUAGAAAAAAAGUGUAAUUGAUAACCAUGAUAUUUAAUUUUUUUAUUGAAACAUGAAAAAAAUAAAUAUACAUUUUUAAACAUG